AUGCUUCUAAACAGGAUUCUCACCAUUGCCGCAAUUGGGCUUACAGCUUCUGGCUUUGUCAUUCCAGAAGGGCAGGAAGAAGGCACCUACGCUGUCGAGUUCGUUGACGGCGUCGAGGUCCACACAAAACUCGCCAACGCCACCGUCUACGCCCCUCUUCCGAAGCCUUACGCAUCUGAGCCUCAACCUAACCGCCUUAUACGCCGCGAUUACUCCUGCGGAGGUGCCCGGGACCUCCAUCACGGCAACACGGAUGCCGCCAACGCGGACCUGGACCGCCAGUGCGGAGGAGGUGUGAACGUCAACCCUGGGAUGAACUAUUACUCUAUCCGCGGCGAUAUUGUGGCUUUCUUCUGCAACUUCAGCGAUCGCGAAGCGAAGUAUUGCAGUGCGGGUGGCAGACAGGAUUACUCGAGGGAGAUUACGAAAGCGUGUGGUUGGUACAACUCCGGCUGGUUCACCUUUCCAAACCAAUGGAGUAUCGGCUAUGAUCGCGGACGAUGCUUCUGUGGCGGAUGUGCUUGA